AUGUCUUACGCAUCUGUAGCCAGCCACAACAUCCCAUUCGGUGAAAUGCCAAAACCCGAUCCCAACCUUGCCGAAGGACACUUCGCAGGCGAGACUGAGGCUCACAACACUGUCGACUCAAAGGUCAACGUCCUCCCAGCUGGAUCAGACCCCAACCACCCAGAUAUCGAACCUGCUCAGCCCACCGCCCCAAUCAGUGUAGAACUUCACCCUGCGCCAGAAUACGAACCUUCCACUUCGGAAAGUGCACCUAAACCUCUUCCUACUCCUACGAAAAACAGUGUAGACUUGCCAGAGAGCGGAGCAGAGUUCGAAAAGAAAGCCGAAAAGGCCGAAAAGAAAGCCAAGGAAGUUGAAAAGAAGGCUGAGAAGAAAGGUCACGAAUACAGCAAAAAAGCCAAGGAUGAGCUACACAAAGCUGAAUCUGCUCUUGGUCCAUACUGGGACAAGACCAAGGAUGUUGUCCUUCGACCUGGUACCCUCGGUGGUCUUUUGGGUGUUGUGAACGUCGGUAUUCUCGGUACUGCUGGUUACUUCGCCUACACACGCAAAGAUCAACCAUGGGACAGACGAAUUGUUGGUGGAGUAGCGACUGGUAUAUUAGCACUUCUAGGAGCUGAGUCUUACGCCGCCGAAUCAUAUCUUCAAACCCCAGAGGGUAAGCAAGAAGCCGACCGAGCACGAGCUGAAGGCUCCAAAUUCUACCUCCAAGCUAAAGAAGUCAUCUUACGACCUCAAGUCGCUGGCGGUCUCGUUGGUGCUGUAAACGUCGCUAUUCUCGGUGCUGUCGGUUACUUCAGCUACAAGAACUGGAACCAACCAUGGGACCGAAGAACCGUCUCAGCUGUCACCAUUGGUCUUCUUGGUCUAUCAGGUUUGGAAGGAUACGCCGGUAAGAUCUACGCGGACAAAGAGCUUCCUAAGCACUAA